AUGCUGGUAUUCCAGGUCGGUCAAUCACAACGUGUGGGAAUAAGCGUAUACGAGUUGUUCGUAGGAUUUUUGGAUUACUUCUCCAAUCACUUCCAGUACGACGCUCAUAUCAUCCAAAUUAACACACCUGGCCAAGUCUCAAAGGUUGGCAGAUGGUAUCGAUGUCCGAUGGUGAUCCGAGAUCCUUUCGAACUUGAUCACAAUCUUGCACAAGGAGUCGAUGAUGACAUGUUCCGCUACAUUCGCACAUGCAUGAGGCAUUCUCGAGCUGUGUUCAUGGAUAAAAAUCUGCGUGCUGACUUUCUUUCUACGAAGGGCUUUCGAAGAGGACCAUUCGACACCAUUCGGAUGUCGGACGAUUUGCUCCGAGAAUAUGGCGUGCAUCUUCUUCAUGCAUGUGUACCGGUACAACAGCCUCCGGUACGUCAAUUUCACGGUCGGGAUCGGACAAUGAGCUGUAGCACGAACACGAGCGCUUCGUAG